CAGAAAGAGGAAUUGUAUAGUGAUAGGCAGUCUGAGGGAUCCACCCUUGAUGAUACAAGGGAUGAAGCUGUUUGCCAUGAUUCAGAAGAAAAAACAGAAAUGAGACAUUCAAGAUAUGGUACACAACAUGUUCUUGUGUUGGCUGACUUUCCACCAAGUACGAGGACAACAAAUCUGGAGAAGCUCUUUGAGAACUUCAGAGAUCGUGAAGUUGUUAUUCGUUGGGUCAAUGAUACGAUGGCACUUGCUGUAUUUCGAACAACAACAAUUGCUAAUAACAAAUUCUUUUAUUUGUUAUGUUUUUAAACUCUAAGAGAAUAGUUAAUGUGAUGUAGGACAACCUUAGGAUGGUUGUCUAUACUCAAAAAUAGGUGGGCUAGGGUUUUAUUUUUAGGGUGUAAGGAGAGGAACAAGGAACAAAUUUUAUGAUAGAGAAAAUAUAUAAGAUAAGAAAUAGAGAGGAAGAAGAAACAACGAAGAAAAGAUUGAAAACCUUAGAGUCUCACCAAGGCUUUCUAGGAGUCUUACCUAUAAGAAAAUCAAUGGAAUCUCACCAUUGAGGAUUGCAACACUUGCAAUGAAAGAAAAUAUAAUAUUAUUAAUAUCAAUUCAUCCCUUUGAUUUACAUCAAUUAGCUUAUUUAUAGGUUUCACUAAGAAAUCCAAAGUCUGCUAGGACUUUAAUAACUUAUUAUGACUUUAAUUCUAAUUAUAACAUUCAAAGUCUACUAGGACUCUAAUAACCUAUCAUGACUCAAAUUCUAAUUAUAUUAUAACUUAACUAGCUAAUCCUAAUUAGACUCCAACAAAUGUUAAUCCUAAUUUAAUUCCAAGUAAUACUAAUCCUACUUUAAUUGCAAUUAAUACUAAUUCCCUUUCUUGAUAUAUAUCUUAGAGAUUCAUCCUCAUUAAUUUCCCCUGAUUUGAAAAAAAACUUGACUUCGAGUUUUAGUGAUUUUCCACAGUCAAUUGAAAUUCCAAGCAAUGCCUUCUACCCUUUCUUUCUUCGUCGUCUUUUUACCGUGCUAAGACGGGAUCUCAAGAUCUCUUGAACUUGUUCAAUUUCAUGCAAGACAAAUACUAGACUUCGAAAAACCUUUUGAUGUUGUAAAACAAGUUGAUAAUUCUCGAAAUAAUUACGUGUCUUCAACAAGCUUGUAAAGAGUUGCUUCCCAUACUCUUCUUGUAAACUGUCUUGUAGAAGAAUAAAAUUCUUAAAUUCCCUAUGUUUAAAAGAAAUUUCAGCAAAUUCUUCAUGUUUGCCACCACUCAUGAUAAUGUUUGGCCUUGGGAAGUCAAACAUCGAUAGGGCAACUAUUAUAAAAGAGCCAUGGUCUUCCAAGCAUAAUAUGGGCAGCUUUCAUUUGCAAAACAUCACACCAUGCCGAUAACUCAAAAUUAUUACUAAAAUUAAACGUCACUAAAUAAUGAGAACUCACCAAAAUAGAUGUGUCAUUUACCCAUGCUAUUUGAUUGGGAUUUGGAUGACCUUCUGUCUUUAGAUUAUGCUUCUCAACAAGCUCCUCUGAAGCUAGAUUGAAAUAACUACCUCUAUCAAUAAUCAAAGUACAUAGUCUCCCUUGAUUUGGAUGACCUUCUGUCUUUAGAUUAUGCUUCUCAACAAACUCCUUUGAAGCUUGAUUGGAACAACUACCUCCAUCAAUAAUCAAAGUACACAGUCUCCCUUGGUAAGCAAUACGAGUUCGGAAGAUGCUAGUACGUCGCCGAUCCUCCUCUUCAUUUAGCCUUGGUAUGUUCACCAAUGGCUGCAUAAAACAACUGUAGCCUUCAACCAUGUUUGCAUAUGUUUCUCCACUCCUUAAUUACACAUGCCUUCAUGUCAAGAAUUUUUGCUCUAAUACCAAAAUUGAUGUAGGACAAUACUAGGAUGAUUGCCUAUACUGAAAAGUAGGUGGGCUAGGGUUUUAUUUUUAGGAUGUAAGGAGAAGAACAAAGAAUAAAUUUUAUGUUAGAGAAAACAUAUAAGAUAAAAAAUAGAGAGAGGAGAAACCACGAAGAAAAGAUUGAAAACCUUAGAGUCUCACUAAAGCCUUCUAGGAGUCUCACCUAGAAGAAAAUCAAUGGAAUUUCACCAUUGAGGAUUGCAACGCUUGCAAUGAAAGAAAAUAUAAUAUUAUUAAUAUCAAUUCAUCCCUUUGAUUUACAUCAAUUGGCCUAUUUAUAGGCUUUUCUAAGAAAUUCAAAGUCUACUAAGACUCUAAUAACUUAUUAUGACUCUAAUUCUAAUUAUAACAUCCAAAGUCUAUUAGGACUUUAAUAACCUAUCAUGACUCAAAUUUUAAUUAUAUUAUAACUUAACUAGCUAAUCCUAAUUAGACUCCAACAAAUAUUAAUCCUAAUUUAAUUCCAAGUAAUACUAAUCCUACUUCAAUUGCAACUAAUACUAAUUCCCUUUCUUGAUGUAUAUCUUGGAGUUUCAUCCUCAUCAUAAUAUAUCUCAAAUCAAUAGUUCAACUAAUUUUGGCAAUUUGUGGCAUGCUAUUAUUAUCUUUAUUCAUUAAUUUUGUUUCCAGAAAUAUUUUGUAAUGGUGUAACAGUUAGCUAAUUUAGUAGCAAUUUGCAUGUUGAUGGAAAAGACUGAUAUUGACUGAUUUAAUUGUUACGGUAAGAAUCUAUGUUAAAAAGUGUUCUUUAGUGCAUUUGUAGAGGGCAUGAUAAGAAAACCUUUUAAAGGGAGAUCUCUUUUGGGGGAUAGGUUUAAAUUUUUUUUAUUUGCAACCUUUUAUUUUAUUUUUUACUAGGGGAUUUGUCUCUACUUUCUGUUAUCUGGGAGUGUAUCUUUUGUGGAUUUUGUGGAUGAGUUUAGUUACAAGCUUGUUUUCUUGAUGGCCUUCUUCGAAAGAUGGAUUCCCUUUAUAGUAUAAAUGACAUGUACUUAACAGCAACCUGUUUUCUGACAUCAUUUUAAGGGGUUUAUUUUGUUAAUAAAUAAAGUAAGAACUUCUGUAACAUGGAUUCUGCUGUGGCCUACGGUUAUCUUCUGGUCAUAGUAUGAGUGCUAUGAGUAGCUAGGUCCAAUUGGAGGACAUUUUUAUUUGGAAUAAGAGUCAUAAUUAGGUAAAGCUGCAUCAUAUAAUUAGCAAAUAGAGCAUGGGUACAUUAUGUUCUUGUUCUCCUCAUACAAUGAUAACAUAAUACUUAAAAUAAAAAAAAACAUGUAAUUACAUGGUGGUAGAAUAAGUGGUUGAAAUGGACAUGCCAGUGAUAGCUUUAAGAAGUUGACUUUUGAAAAGAUAGCUAACAAAUGUGAUGAGCAGACAUGUAAUUACAUGGUGGUAGAAUAAGUGGUUGAAAUGGACAUGCCAGUGAAAGCUUUAAGAAGUUGACUUUUGAAAAGAUAGCUAACAAAUGUGAUGAGCAGAGUGAUAAAUUGCCAUUACAAGAAUUUGUAUCAUUCUUUUAGUUGGAAUUAUAUAUUGUUUACGGUGAGAGAGAGCAUCAAAAAGAAAAGAGAGAAAGAAACUAGCAGGAAGAUGGAAAGAAGAAAGAAACUUUGGCGGCUGAAGGAUUUCACAGGAUUAUGGUUUCUCUACUCAUGUUACCUAAUAAAACUGUCAAAUGUGGAACUAUGAAAAUGCCCUUAAUAUGUAAGCAUUAUUAAUAUAACAGUUUGUAUUUCCUAAACACUCCUCAACUAUGUAUAAAGAUGUCACACAUCCUCCACUUGCAUAAAGUUUUAUGCAAACUUGCACUGGCGAUCCCCUUGGUAUAUCUGCUAACUAAUCCCAAUCUUCACAUAGGUAGUGCCAAUGAGACCUAUGUUCUCCUUCUUAUUUUCCUAUUGGUUUUGUGGUUGGCUGAUCUAGGCUUCCACAAACAGCAAUGCAGCCCCGAUUUUAUAAUCCUCCUUGUCCAAUGAUCAAAUCUCAAAGGCCCUCUGUGACUUUUAGUUAGCCAAGACAAAACUGUUUCUAAAUCCCUCUUUACCAGUAAAUGGGUGACACCCAUUGCAUUGCAACUUAGAUGCUGCAGUAAAGCAAGUAUCUCUACUUCUAUAGCUAGUCCAAACCUAGCUCUUUUUAUUGCACUUGAAUAAUCUCACUUUUAUGAUCUUAGUGAGUCUAUCAAUACCCUUCUGACUUAGAUUGCUCAAGGGCUAUGCAUUUAAAUUUAGUUUUUGCAAACCAACUAAUGGAAUAGCCCUCUUCUACCCCCUCUCCACCACUUUCCUAACUGGGAGGCUAUUGAACUCCAAUCGUCUAAGAUGAUGCUUACUAGAUUUCCUGAGAACUGCUUGGUAACUAGCAUUCAAAUAGGUGAGGAAAUAUAUAUUCUCUCAAGACUCAAUAACCAGUCUUUUCUUAUGUGCAAAGAUCCAAACAUUUCUAUCCAGCCAAAUAACUCGUAAGGUUGCUAGGAUAUGGCCCUUCUAACAAGGCCCUGACUACGGGCCUCUUAUCAAACCCUAGAAAUAUACAACCAACAUAUUAGAAACACCUAUCCAAGCAAACCCUGAUGCUGAGAAAAAGUCUCUGCCUCAAAACUCCUAGGCAAUGGGUCAAUAUUGGAGGGGAAAAAAUGCAUUUGUGUCCUUAUGCCAUUAAGUUUCCAACCAUUUGAAAUUUCAGGUCUGUUCUUCCUCCUGCAACUCAGAGUUUCCUUGUUCCUAUAUUUAAUAGUUCUUGCUUUUAUAAGCGAUGAGGGAGAGAGAGAGCGAGGGCAAUGGCAAUGAGGGAGAAAGCCAAUCGGGGAGGCGGAGAAAACGGCAGGGGAGUAGCUUUGGGGUGGAGUCGAAGGUUUUUGAAGUCGAAGUGGAGGAGAGAAGAGGCAAAACCCUGGUUUUCAUCGUGGAAAGCAAGAGAAGGGUUUCGUCACGGGUCCGACUGGGGCCGGCAAGUGUUAGGCUCUUUCGGGGCGAUUAGAGGAAUUUGGGAAGAACCUUGGUGUUUGGGGGGUGAUUUUAAUAUCAUCCUCUCUCAAAGUGAAAGAAGAAGACAGGGGAGAAUAACCUCAGCUACGAGGAGGUUUGCUCAAGUUGUAGACGAGCUAGGACUCGUGGAUUUACAAUUGCAAGGGGAAUCUUUCACCUGGAGUGGGGGCCUUAAUAACCAGUCAAGGGCCAGGCUAGAUAGAUUUCUGGUGACUUCCUGCUGGCUUGACCAGUUCAGUAGGGUAGUCCAGAGAAGGUUACCUUGGCAUAUCUCGGAUCAUUUUCCAAUCUUACUUGAGGGGGGUGGCCUAAGGAGAGGGCCCACCCCUUUUAGAUUCGAAAAUAUGUGGCUCAAAGUUGAGGGGUUUAAAGAUCUAAUUCGUAGUUGGUGGUAGGGGAUGGUGGUUAGAGGCAGUGCCGGCUUUAGAUUGACUGCAAAACUGAAGGAGUUGAAACAAAACUUAAAAAUCUGGAAUAGAGAGGUGUUUGGGAGUCUGGAGUGCAAUAAGGCUGCAGCUCUCCAACAAGUGGAGUAUUGGGAUCGAAUGGAAUGUGAGAGAAGUUUGACAGAUGAGGAAUUAGCUUGUAAAAAGGAAGCCAAGGAGGGGUACGUUAAGUGGGUGGACCUAGAAGAAACCCAUUGGAGAUAGGCUUCAAGGGAGUUAUGGUUAAAGGAAAGGGAUAGAAACACGGGCUAUUUCCACCGUAUGGCAUCCGCCCAUAGAAGAGCCAACUACAUGGACAGAAUCAAGAUAAAUGGGGUGAGGCUGUCAGGGGAUCAAAAAGUGAGGGAAGGGGUAGCGAAUGCCUAUUAGCAGAUGCUCUCAGAAUGCUUGGAUUGGAAGGCGGACAUUGGAAGGCUACAGUUGAACCAAAUUAGCCUUCAAGAAGCGGGUCUACUAGAGCUCCCUUUCUCUAAGGCUGAGGUCCAGGCUGCUUUGAUGGAUAUGAACAGGGAUAAAGCCCUAGGACCAGAUGGUUUCACCUUGGCUUUCUGACAAAGUUGUUGGGACUUUGUGAAGGAGGAGAUAUUGGAUAUGUUUAAGGAAAACUAUGAGCAGAAUGCUUUCCUCAAAAGCCUCAACAAUACUUUUUUGGUGCUGUUACCCAAGAGAUGAGGGGUCGAGGACCUAGGGGACUUUAGACCCAUCAACCUUUUGGGGGGGCUGUAUAAGUUAUUGGCUAAGGUGCUGGCCAAUAGACUUAAAAAAGUGAUAGGAAAAGUGGUUUCCCCCGAUCAGAAUGCGUUUGUCAUGGGAAGACAGAUCUUAGAUGCCUCUUUAAUUGCAAAUGAGGUGAUUGAUGCAUGGCAAAAAAGGGGUGAGAAAGGUCUAAUCUGUAAGUUGGAUAUCGAGAAGACAUAUGAUAGCAUUAAUUGGUAGUUCCUAAUGAAGGUUAUGCAAAAAAUGGGGUUUGGUCCAAAGUGGUUGAGUUGGAUGUGGUGUUGCAUCUCCAUAGCCAAGUUCUUAGUCUUGGUGAACGGAGUUCCAGUUGGCUUCUUCUCAAGUUCGAAGGGGCUGCGCCAAGGAGACCCUCUUUCCCUCUAUCUUUUCGUCAUGGGAAUGGAAGUGUUGAGCGUUUUAAACAAAAGGGCUGUGGAAGGGGGUUUUAUUUCGGGGUGUAACAUUCGGCAUGGUAAAGGGCGGGCGGUCCACAUUUCACACUUGCUCUUUGCCGAUGACACAAUCGUUUUUUGUGAGGUAAAGAAUGAGCAUUUAACGCAUUUGAGUUGGAUUCUUUUUUGGUUUGAAGCUGCUUCAGGGUUAAGAAUUAAUUUGACUAAAAGUGAAAUCAUCCUGGUUGGAGAGGUGGACGAAAUGGCAGUGGAGCUAGGGUGUAGGGUGGGGCAGCUGCCUGCAGUCUACCUAGGGCUACCACUGGGGGCGCCAAAUAAGGCCACUUCCGUGUGGGAUGGGGUGGAAGAGAGAGUGAGGAGGAGACUUGUCCUUUGGAAACGCCAAUAUAUUUCAAAAGGUGGGAGAAUCACUCUUAUAAAGAGCACGAUGACUAGCAUGCCAGUAUAUCAAAUGUCCCUUUUCAGCAUGCCCAAGUCUAUGGCAAGGAGGUUAGAAAAACUGCAAAGAGAUUUUUUGUGGGGAGGGGGAAAUCUGGAAAGGAAAGCUUACUUUGUCAAUUGGGAGGCGGUUUGUGUGGAUAAGGAGAAAGGGGGGCUUGGCAUAAGGAAGCUAACCCUAUUGAACAAAGCCUUGCUUGGCAAAUGGAUUUGGAGAUUUGCUUGUGCUAAGGAGGAUCUUUGGAAGCCAGUGCUCAUGGCGAAGUAUGGGCAAGAGGAUUUCGGUUGGAGGACCAAAAAGACUUUUGGUGUGUUUGGAGUGAGGCUUUGGAAGGAGAUUUUGAAGGAAGCUGGAUGGUGCUGGGAAAAAAAUGGCGUUUAAAGUGGGAAAAGACACUAAAAUCAGGUUUUGGACUGAUCUUUGGUGUGGGGGUACAGUGCUGUCUUAAAGAUUCUCGCAUUUCUUCACUUUGGCUGCUCAAAGGAAUGCGACAAUAGAAGAAAUGUGGGACCAGAAUUUUGGCGAAGGAGGAUGGAAUUUGAGGUUUAUUAGAGAUUUUAAUGAUUGGGAAUUGGAUAUGGUAGGCAACUUGCUGCAUGUUUUGAGGGGUCACAGGAUAACUUUGGAGGAAGAUUUGGUUUUUUGGAAGGAAGGAAAAAACGGAUAGUUUAGAGUAAAGAAAGCAUACAGCUUGUUGGAAAGCCCUUUGAUGGCCGUCUUUCCAAAAAAUAACAUAUGGGUGGAGAGAGUUCCAACUAAAAUUGUGUUUUUCGCGUGAAACUGCUUGGGGGAAGAUUAUGACUCUUGAUAGACUCAAGAAGAGAGGGUGACAACUUCCCAAUCGUUGUUUUUUGUGUGGUUGUGAAGAGGAAAAUGUAAAUCAUAUUCUCAUACAUUGUACAAUGGUCAGAGUGCUGUGGGAUUUAGUUUUGGGUUUGUUUGGGGUUUAGUGGUUGUUUCUAGAAACUGUAAAAGAGGUUUUAUUUAGUUGGAGGGGAUCCUUUGUGGGGAAAAAAAGGAAAAAACUUUUGAAUUCCAUUCCGUUGUUUAUUUUUUGGACGGUUUGGAAGGAGAGGAAUAGACUAACUUUUAGGGGUAGGGGGGGGGGAGGGGUGUUAGCAAUACAGAGACUUAAAUAUUUCUUUGUUUGUAAUAUAUGGGGUUGGACUAAAUUGUAUAUUGGAGAGGAGCCGUCUUCCCUCAUAGGCUUUUUGGAGUGGUUAGCCUCCAGAUAAGGGGUGGUGGGUUUUUUAUUGGUUUUUUGCUUGUGAGGCCUUAGUAGCCUUGUAUACCCCUUGUAUACUUUGUGGCUAUUUUGCCUCUUUUUAUUGAAUUCCGUGCUUACUUAUAAAAUAAAAAAAAAAGUUUCCAACCAUUUGAAUUGAAUGUAUGAAAGGUUUCACUUUCUUACAGAAAACCAAAAUAAAACCUGAACCCAAAAAAAAAAAA